AUGGGACAUCUCACAAAAGUAAGUGUGUGCUCGUGUCUAAACGAGGGUUACCUGUGUGUCUGUAGGUACCUGCAGCCUCUGGGGACGUGGCUCCAGUGCGCUCUGGAGUCCCACGAGCUUCUGGCUCUGUGCCUUAAGAAACUCAAGGCUUCCGUGGCAAAGGUGAGACUUAUCGAUGCGGGCUUCUUAUGGACGGAGCCGCACUCUAAAAGAAUCAAGAUGAAGCUGACCAUCCAGAAAGAGGUCAUGAAUGGAGCCAUUCUGCAGCAGGUGUUCGUGGUGGAGUUUGUCAUUCAGCCUCAGAUGUGUGAGGAUUGCCAUCGGGUGGAGGCCAAAGACUUCUGGAAAGCAGUCGUGCAAGUCAGACAAAAGUUGCUGAGGUGGAUGGGAGCACGUUCUGGCGUCAUCCGUUCAGCAGUCUGUGUAGCCCGCGGCAGCUGGAGGAGUUCAUCGUCAUGGACAUCGACAUUAUCAGAGAUCAGCGUGUUCUUCAUGCAACUCUUUAUUCAAAGUCCAGUUAUUGAGAUCGAAACGGUUCAUGAAAUGUGUCAAGACAAAUGGAUUUGCUUUGAUUUUACCAAUGCCAAUAUCAAUGAUGAGUUCCUCAAUAAGAUGAACCCUCACCAUGUUCCUGACGUGGUAAGACAGUCACGCAUUACAUCUUUACAACUCAUGUGCAUACAAUACACUGAAUUCCUGGAGGACCUGGAGGAAGAUGAGAUGCUGAGGAAGAACGUCAACAUCUUCAGAGAUGCUUCAAAGAUCCCUGUGGUAAGUGAGACGGAUGACGACGGCGCUCCCAGGAUCUCUCUGGCGGAGAUGGAGGAUCUGAGCCUGAGCGACGCCACCGGUGGAGCAGGAGCUCAUAUGAUGACUGAUUAAUAUACAGCACCUCAGAACAGGGCAGGUGUCAGCUAAAACUAGCCCGACAGACACGGUUAAUUCUCAUGUUCAUUGCUCUGUCUUUAAGAGAGCUGCAUUUCCUAAUGUGCCGGUGCGGUGAUGCAGUAAAUAAAACAUCUUAACCGUCUCUGUAUGACAGGUGGUUGAGAAAUAAGACGGAUGGUUGACUCAAAAAAUGAAAAUGCUGUCAUUUACUUGUCCUUAUGUCAUUAAAAACCUAAAGACUUCCUUUAUUCUGCCGAACAGAAAAUUAGUUUGUUUAAUGAACAUCCAGUUGCGUGAGAUCAGUGGCAGUAUAUACAGGGUUCCCACGCUUCUUGAAAGUGCUUGAAUUUCAGGCAUAUGGAUUC